AUGUCUGUGGCAAAAGAAGACCUCUCCACGCACACACCUAGCGUGGUGGGAUCCCACUCCAGCAAACCCUCUCAUGACAUCGAGUCUGGCCCCGAGUCCGACCCGGUGGCCGACGAGAAGCAGCAGCUCAAUGAGACCCUCAUCAAGGGCAAGCAGAUGGUUGGCGUAAUGGUGGCUCUAGCACUGUCCAUGUUCCUGGCUGCCCUCGACAACACUAUUGUGGCGACAAUGCUGCCCAAGAUUUCAGCCAAAUUCGACGCCCUGACCAGCGCCUCGUGGAUUGUGUCGUCGUAUAUGAUUUCAAGCACGGCCCUGCAGCCCAUCUACGGCAAGCUUUGCAACAUUUACGGCCACCGCCCAGUAUUGCUGGUCUCACAUGUGUUCUUCCUGGUCGGUUCGGUGAUCUGCGGCGCUUCCAAAUCGACCAACAUGCUCAUUGCAGGACGUGCCAUCGCCGGUAUUGGAGGUAGCGGCCUGAUGUCGAUUUGCUUUGUGGUGGUCGGCGAUAUUGUGCCCACAGCGCAGAACCCAAUGUACCUGGCCGUGUUUGGUCUCGUGUGGGCUGUUGCGUCGAUUGCUGGGCCUGUCUUGGGUGGCGUGUUUGCCGACAAGACCGGAUUCGAGUGGGGCUUCUACAUCAACCCGUGCAUUCAGGCUGUCGUGCUUGUGCUGAUUGUGCUGUUCAUGAAGCUGCCAAUCCCGCAUGGCUCCGCGCGCGAGAAGCUGAAGCGCAUCGACUUCCUGGGCAUCAUGGUUAUUGUUACUGGAAUCGUCCUGCUGCAGCUUGGGCUCACCUGGGGCGGCCGCGACCACCCAUGGAAAUCGGCAGCCGUCAUUUCCCCGAUCAUUGUUGGGUUUAUGAUGCUGGUCGUGUUUGUUCUGGUCGAGUGGAAGAUUCCGCCUGAGCCCGUGAUGCCCCUGCGGCUGUUCCGUCGCCGCAAUGUGUCGCUGGUGUUUGCUGUGCAGGUCACGUUCGGCAUGACAUUCUUCCUGCCCAUCUUCUACUUCCCCAUCUACCUGUCGGUGGUCAAAAACGCAUCCGCCAUCUCUUCAGGCCUGCACCUAGUGUCCUGCAUGCUGGCAAUUUCGCUUUUCUCGAUAAUUUCUGGAAUCGCCAUCACAAAGACUGGCAGAUACCUGCAAUUCAUCUGGAUUGGCACAGCCAUGGCCGUUGUGGGCAUCGGUCUCUUUGUGCUGCUCGGCGACACCCCCACCCAGAGCAAGCUUAUUGGCAUUCCAAUUGUAUUUGGUGCUGGCCUUGGCCUGUCCAUGCAGUCCAUGAUCACCUGCGCCCAGAAUGCUGUUGACCAGGAGGACGUCGCUACCACCACGACCUUGCUGAUGACCAUUCGCAUGCUGGGCAGCGCCAUCGGCCUGGCCAUCGCCCAGAGCAUCUUCCAGAACAAGCUGAGCCCGCUGCUGGUCAAGGUGGUUGCCAAGUUCCCCGAGGCAGAGAAGAUUAUUUUUGGCGCCAUCAGCAACCAGAGCAUCAUCUGGGAGCAAGGUGUUCCGGCCGACGUGCGCAUGGCGGUGAUUCAUGCCUAUGUCGAGUCCCUGCACAUGCACAUUCCCUUGAGAAAGCGGAUUGGCGGAGCUGUAGGCGCCAUGGAGUAG